AUGGCGGUAGCGGCGGCGGCGGCGGCGGCGGCGGCCUCUCCGGCUGGCGGGGGAGGCGGCCGGGCGCAGCGGAGCGGGCUGCUGGAAGUUUUGGUGCGGGAUCGUUGGCAUAAAGUUCUGGUGAACUUGAGCGAGGACGCCUUGGUUCUGAGCUGCGAGGAGGGCGCUGCGGCGGCGUACAACGGCAUCGGCGCGGCGACCAACGGUUCCUUCUGCAGGGGCUCCUCCGGAGGGGCCGGGCACCCUGGCAUCCUCGCGGCUGGUGGCCCCCAAGCCCCGGACUCACCCGCCACCGGGGUCCGUACAGCUUUCACCGACCUGCCCGAGCAGGUGCCCGAAUCCAUCUCCAACCAGAAGCGAGGCGUGAGGGUGUUGAAACAGGAGCUGGGCGGACUGGGCAUCAGCAUUAAAGGGGGCAAGGAGAAUAAGAUGCCCAUCCUCAUCAGCAAGAUCUUCAAGGGGCUGGCGGCCGACCAGACCCAGGCCCUGUAUGUGGGCGAUGCCAUCCUGUCGGUGAACGGAGCCGACCUGCGGGAUGCCACCCACGACGAGGCGGUGCAGGCUCUGAAACGCGCGGGCAAAGAAGUGCUGCUGGAAGUGAAAUACAUGAGAGAAGCCACGCCCUAUGUGAAGAAAGGGUCCCCAGUGUCUGAGAUUGGGUGGGAAACACCUCCUCCGGAGUCCCCCCGGCUAGGAGGCUCCACAGACCCUCUGUGUUCGCAAUCCUUCUCCUUCCAUAGAGACCGGAAAUGCAUCCCGCUCAAGAUGUCCUAUGUCACCCGGAGCCUGGCUUUAGCUGACCCUGAAAACAGGCAGUUUGAAAUCCACUCGCCGGAUGCUAAGCACACCGUGGUCCUCAGGACCAAGGACUCAGCCACUGCCCAGGCCUGGUUCAGUGCCAUCCAUUCCAACGUCAGCGACCUACUGACCCGGGUCAUCACUGAGGUCAGAGAGCAGCUGGGGAAAACAGGCAUUGCUGGCAGCCGUGAGAUCAGGCAUCUUGGCUGGCUUGCAGAGAAGGUGCCAGGGGAGAGUGAGAAACAAUGGAAACCAGCCCUGGUGGUUCUGACUGAGAAAGACCUCUUGAUCUACGACAGCAUGCCGCGGAGGAAGGAAGCCUGGUUCAGCCCGGUCCACUCAUACCCUCUUCUUGCCACCAGACUGGUCCAUUCAGGUCCAGGGAAGGGAUCACCCCAGGCUGCUAUGGAUCUGUCCUUUGCAACACGAACUGGUACCAAACAAGGAAUUGAAACACACCUCUUCCGGGCAGAGAUCAGCAAGGACCUCUCCUACUGGACCAGGAGCAUCGUACAAGGGUGCCACAACGCGGCUGAGCUCAUCACCGAGAUCACCACGGCUUGCACCUACAGAAACCAGGAGUGCCGCUUCACCGUGCAUUAUGACAAUGGCUUUUCUAUUUCCACUGAGCCACAGGAGGGUGCCUUUCCCAAGACAAUCAUACAGUCCCCUUACGAGAAGCUCAAAAUGUCUUCAGAUGACGGAGUCAGGAUGCUGUACUUAGAUUUCGGAGGCAAAGAAGGAGAGAUUCAACUGGACCUUCACUCCUGCCCUAAACCAAUUGUUUUCAUCAUUCAUUCCUUCCUUUCUGCCAAGAUUACAAGACUGGGCCUAGUGGCCUGAACAGAGGGGCGACUUGCCUUCAGAAAGGACCUUGGGGCCCUAUGGGAGGAUGACAUCGGGCAUCGCGUAGCACAUGUAGCAUGCUGCGGCCGGCUUGACUCUCGGGAGUCAGGUGUUGUGUCCCGGGCUCCUCUGUCGGGUUCAGUAACUGCAAGGGGCCUAAGCAAAUACCAUAAGGGAAUGUCAGAAUAGAACAUCUUAGAACACAGGACAAGGUUAAAGAGGCCAGGGAGAUUGGAUAGACACAGCAUAACUUCUACGUAGUGACAAGCAAGGACACAGCCAUUAGAACCGCAUGUAUUGAUCUCGAUCACACCAGUUUCCAGGAAACUGGCUCACCCAAAUUAGCCAGUUCUGAGCAGAUGAGACAAUGGAUAGCUUCACCUGUUCACCCACUCCAGCAACAAUCCCUCGUUUCAUUGAGAUUUAUUUCCUAAUGCUGGUUAAGCUGCCUGCCACCAGCAGGAAGAGAAAAAUAAUGUUUCAAAUGGAAACCCACCUUUUAUUUAAGAACGAAGCAUAAGUUACUAGUUUUUAUUUCUUAAUGAAUUAUCUUUCAAUGGUGUAGAGUUCCUCCAAAGUGUUGUCAUUAGCAUCUGCUGAGCAGAAAUUAAAUUAAGCAUCGGGUACUACCCCGAGCUUUAAGCUGGUGGAAUCUGAGCCAAAGGAGAUUGCUUAAAUUGCACAGCUUUUCUGAGGACUUGUGUGCACAAAGAUGAUUAAUUCUGGGGCUAUCCACAUACUCCUGAUGCUGUCCAGUAGCCAAGACCUUUAUUUAUAGAAGGAAAAUGAUGGAUAUAUUUUUAAGAGACUGGCAUCACACACACGCACGCACUCGCACACACACACGCACACACACACACGCACACACGCGUGUGCUCGCCCAUCUCAUGGUUGUGAGAUAACUGUUGCCAUUUCAUGGUUUUCGUUUAAGUACUGAGUAAUGGGCUGUGUUAUCGGCCUCUGCUUGUAUGCAUGCACGUGUGAUCAAGCAGCUAAUGGAACAGUCUCGGUCAGUUCUGGGUGACUCAGUUUUAUACAUAGACCCAACAGUAUAGUAUCUACACAUAGCAUCUACAGUCAUUUGGGGAUUCCAGGGAAAUAAUGACCUGAUAUUUUUCUACAAGAACAUUUUGAGGCAGUAUAUAGCCUACUAUGAUUGAAUGCUUCUAUUUUUUAAUCUUUCAAGAUUCAUUCACUAAACAUAAUACCCAUUAUUUCAUUUUGGAGUUGCUGUCCUCAAAACUUGAAAAGUAGCUCUAGAAUUUCUGAUUUUCUCAUAAUUCCCCCCGCCUAUAGUUUGCAUAGACAAAUGUUUUGUGUAAGGCCUAUGUGUUUUCUGAGUUUAGCAGACACCUGUGGGAAGAAGUUUCAAAAAUGAAAUUAUCUGAAGGACAUGAUCUUGCUCCCUCUGAUGUAUAAGUUUAUUGACUUGCAAUUUUAUUUUAAGUCACCAUUUUUCUAAGGAAAAUAUGAAACAGCAGUAAAUCUAAGGGGACAUUCACUGAGGAAUAGUGCCCCCCCACACACACACUGGGAAGGCAAUUAGAGAAUUGGUAAUAAAAAUGCUCGCUAAAUAGAGAGUUAAAACAUAUUCAGCUGACAUCAUGAUUACCAAACCUCUCAAAAAUUCUAAUAUCAACUGUGUUUCUUCAAGAGGAAGAAUGUGGUGUAGCAUUUCUUGCACUUACCUACAGAACUUCUUUCUAACAAAGCAUCUUGUGAAGCUAGUGGGUUUUUUUUCUUUCUUAAAUGAUGCUUUAGAAAAGACAUCUUUAGGAUAUUGACUUUUUGUUUGUUUCCUAUCUUAAAAUACUGAAGAGUGAAGUGUCAGCUUUGAAACUAGAGGAAAUGCUGAUGGAUUUGUAAAUUGUAUUGCACUCUUUCACUAUAUAUUUUCGAAAUCACUGGAAUGUUGUUAUACAAAAGAAAUUAUACUUGUGUAUUGUAAAUAGCAUAUUAAAUACAUAUAUUAAUGCCAAUAGUUUAAUUCAAUGAUAUGUAAUCUAAGGUGCUCGGUACUAAAUGAAGUUUGAGUUAAUUACUCAAGUUGCAAAGAUCCUAUUAUAUAUUUAUAGACAAAUUAAAGUGAUAUAAUGGCAAACAUUAUUUCUGCAUUGUUUAAGUUUUGGAUGAUUGAUAUCUGUGUGAGGGUCCACAGAAACUAUAUGUCCUCCAUUUAUAAAAUUUUAAUUUAAAUAUUUAUAUUUUAGGAAAAUAUAUUUGAAUAAAGUUGAUUCAUUUUCUGAAGUCAAUUAAAAUGUGUCAUUAGGGCUGGAGAGAUGGCUUAGCGGUUAAGCGCUUGCCUGUGAAGCCUAAGGACCCCGGUUCGAGGCUCGGUUCCCCAGGUCCCAUGUUAGCCAGAUGCACAAGGGGCGCAUGC